AUCGUACGUCGUGUCCUGCAGUGGCUCACAUUCGACGAGACACAGUAGAGGGUAGCUAGCAGUGGUGCUCCUGGCCUGUGACGAUGGUUUCCUCGUCGUCGUCUCCUUCCGCCACCGCCGCCGCCGUGGUCCUGGCGGUGGCCCUGAUGACGACGACGUGCUUCCAUGGCGCGACGGCGCAGCUGUGCGAGGACUACUAUGACAGCACCUGCCCGGACGCCUACGACAUCGUGAAGCAGGUGCUCGUCGACGCAGUGCAGUCGGACACCCGCAUCUUCGCCAGCCUCAUCCGCCUGCACUUCCACGACUGCUUCGUCCAGGGCUGCGACGCCUCGCUUCUGCUGGACAGCGUCCCGGGGAUGCCGUCGGAGAAGACGUCGGCGCCCAACAACGGCUCAGCGCGCGGGUUCGGGGUGGUGGACGCCGCCAAGGCUGCCCUGGAGAGCGCCUGCCCUGGUGUUGUCUCCUGCGCUGACAUCCUCGCCAUCGCCGCAGAGAUCUCAGUCGAGCUGUCGGGAGGCCCCAGCUGGGGUGUGCUUCUGGGCAGGCUGGACAGCAAGACCUCCGACUUCAACGGAUCCCUGGACCUCCCAGAGCCCACCGACAACCUCACCAUACUUCAGCAGAAGUUCAGCAACCUCAGUCUCAACGAUGUCGACCUGGUCGCCCUUUCAGGGGGGCACACGUUCGGCCGGGUCCAAUGCAAGUUCAUCACGGACCGGCUCUACAACUUCAGCGGGACGAACAUGCCCGACCCGACGCUGGACGCCUCCUACCGAGCCUUCCUGACACAGAGAUGCCCCAGGAACGGCGACCCCACAGCCCUGAACGACCUGGACCCGACGACCCCGGACACCUUCGACAACAACUACUACACCAACAUCGAGGUGAACCGAGGCAUCCUCAACUCCGACCAGGAGCUCAAGUCGUCGCCCCUAGCGCAGGGCACCACGGCGCCCAUCGUCGACCAGUUCGCGGCCAGCCAAGACGACUUCUUCGCGAGCUUCGCGCAGUCCAUGAUCAACAUGGGGAACAUCAAGCCGCUCACGGACCCGUCCAGAGGAGAAGUCCGCACCAACUGCAGAAGGGUCAACUGAUCCAAUUAAGUCGAUCGGUCGUAAUUAAUGUGUGCAGAGAAAACGACAUGUUCAUCAUUGGCUGGUCGAUGUCAUUUGGCUAGCUGCUCAUCAGGGUGUGAAGUUUCUGUAUACACAUGCAGCAUGCAUGUAUGUUUCAUGUUUUCCAAUCCAACUCAAUAAAAUUUGCCAAAGAUUAAAUA